GUGUAGAGUACAAUCGCUAUGUAAAUUUCUCCUCCGGCUUCGCACUGCACACAGAGACCACAACGACACUUCUUCUACUCUCUAUCUCUUUCCCCCUCACCAACUCUCCCCGUCUAUCAUCCGCCGUAAUACGGUGCCGGAAUCGCGGAUGUUGACUGUAAUAUAGUUUCUGAUUUGACCAUCUUUUAAGCAUUUUGGUGGGGCGUAUAUACACACGCGUAUACAUACAGUAUCUCUGUGUAUCCUUCAUGCCGAUUAAAUUAGUUUUGAGCUGAAUCGUGGAUGGGUCAGAAGAAGAAAACCCCCGCGCCUCCUGGCUCCAAACACUCGCCGCCUUCUGCUGCUGCUGCGGCGGCGGCAGAGGUUGAGCCGUCGUCUGAGAUUUCCGCUUGUAGCUUCUAUGACGGCGGAAUUUCUGGACAGGCCGCUAAUGCCGAGCCGUUCGAUUCGGCUGUGGUCAAACAGGAGUGCGAGAAGGCACUUAUGUCAUUUCAGCGGGGGAGCUACAACAAAGCGAUUCGGCUCAUGAAGGACUCAUGCUCUCGCCACCAAGGCUCUGCCCUAAUCCACCGUGUUCAGGGAACUCUGUUCGUGAAGGUCGCUUCUGUCUUCGAAGAUCUAGCUACGAAACAGAGGUAUCUCCGUAGCGCAACUGAAUCCGCUAGAAAAGCUGUGGAGCUAUCACCCAACUCUAUUGAGUUUGGGCAUUUCUAUGCCAACUUGCUUUUCGAAGCAGCCAACGAUGGGAGAGACUCGGUAGAGUUUGAUGAGGUUCUGCAAGAGUGCCACCGAGCUCUCUCGAUUGAAAACCCCAUCGAUCCUGCUAAAGACAGUCUUCAGGACGAGAAUCAGCAGAAGAUAUUGACACCAGAGGCUCGUAUUGCAAAUGUGCAGGAUGAGCUCAGGUCACUGAUACAGAAAUCUAAUCUCGGCUCAUUGUCCACUUGGGUGAAGAGCUUGGGAAAUGGUGAAGAGAAAAUUCGAUUUAUCCCCAUCAGGAGGAUCGUCGAGGAUCCUAUUGAGAGUAACUUGAUUCAGACCAGGAGGCCGAAUGAGAUUAAGAAAGCUACCAAGACUCUUGAAGAGAGGAGGAAAGAGAUUGAAGUGAGGGUAGCUGCAGCUAGGUUGUUGCAGCAGAAGUCAGAGUCUUCCCCGUCUGAUAACGUAGGAACUGUAAACAACAAUGGAUCAGGGCAGAGAAGCGGAGAGAGAAGAAAGCAUGGAAACGCAAGGAGAAACGGCUCCACAGCUGAGAGAAAGGAUCGGGUUAGGUCUUACUGGGAUUGUAUGAGCAGAGAGAUGAAGAAAGAGUUGCUUAGAGUUAAGGUUAGUGAUCUUGAGAGUCACUUUAGUGCAUCAAAGGAUGCCAAUGCAGAUGAGAUUAUAAGUGAAGCUCUGUCCUUUUUUGAGGCUAAUAAGACUUGGAGAUUCUGGGUUUGUUGCCGGUGUAGUGAAAGGUUCAUGGAUUCUGAGGCUCAUAUGCAGCAUAUUGUGCAGGAGCACAUGGGUAACGUGUUACCUAAGAUGCAAAUGGUUCUUCCUCAAAGUCUCAGUAGUGAGAAGAUUGAGAUGCUUCUUAGUUCCCCAUGGAAGCCAUUGGAUCUCUCUGCUGCUGUGAAGUUGCUUUGCAGUCAGCAGAAAAUCCAAAAUUCUGAGUUUAAUGAGUUUCACUCUGGAGAUAAUAUGGAAGAUGGUGACGACUUCUUCAAGGAUGCAUGGAGUGAUACUUCACCUGAGAAAGAAAACCUUGGAGAUACUUGCAAUGGUUGUGAUGAGAAUGAGACUGAAGAGGGUAAGCUGUCGGUUCCAUUUCAUCUUCCUGAUGGAUGGCCUUUAUCCGAUGAUCCUGAACGUGCAAAACUCCUUGAAAAAAUUCGUGCAGCCUUUGAGCUACUUAUCAGACACAAAUAUUUAGCUGUCAGCCAUCAUGAUAAGGUGAUGCAAUUUACGCUAGAUGAACUUCGGACUCUACCCUCGGUUUCGCAAUUCGUAAAUCGUGGUUUGUGUGAGUCACCCAUUUGCAUUUGCUUUUUGGGAGCUACGCAGCUCAGCAAAAUUCUCAAAUUCAUGCAAGACUUGUCACAGGCCUAUGGAUUGAGUCUACAUUCUGAACAAAGUAACCCCAGCGGUGAAGUUAAUAAUUUUGGCGACAUAGGUCUUGAAGUUGCAGAGGAGGUUCUGCUUGUUGUUGAAGAUUCAUGUCUUCUUCUGGAUGAAAAGUUGCUUGGCACUGAAUGCAUCAAAGAGAAGUAUUUGGGUUUAGCAUUGAGUAAUGGAGAUAUAGCAAGUUCCGGAGUUAUUGCUAAUGGCAAUAUUGUGUCUUCUGGUGCGAAUGGAUUUCUUUCAUGGAUCUUCACAGGACCCUCCAGCGGUGAACAAGUUGUGUCAUGGAUGCGCACAAGGGAAGAGAAAACAAAUCAAGGACUGGAGAUGAUGCAGAUUCUUGAAAAGGAGUUCUGUCACUUGCAGAACCUCUGCGAGAGAAAAUGCGAUCACUUAAGCUACGAGGGAGCACUGCAGAUUGUUGAGGACCUUUGUCUUGAUGAAGGUCGAAGGAGGGAGACUGCAGCAGAGUUUACCCAUGAAAGCUAUGAAUCUGUGCUGAGAAAACGAAGAGUAGAGCUAACUGAGAGUGACCAUGAAUUGGUGUUUAUCAGUAGUAGAUUUGAGGUAGAUGCUAUAACAAAUGUUUUGAAAGAUGCAGAAUCUCUUAACCACAACCAAUUUGGAUAUGAAGACUCAUAUGCCGGCACAGGUUCUCGUUUACUUGAUCUGGAAUCUGGGGAAUUUGAUGAAUGGGGGAUGAAGGAUUCCUUUAAUGAGGCUGACAGUUUCAUAGAGAUUGCAAUCCAGAAACAAAAGGAACUGUUGUCUGCAGAGCUUAGCAGAAUCGACGCCCAAAUGAUGCGAAGUGUUACUGGGAUGCAGCAAUUAGAGCUAAAGCUUGGACUUGUUUCCUUCAAUGAUUAUCAGAUAGUACUGUUACCGUUGGUGAAGUCUUACAUUCGGGCACAUUUGGAGGCAUUGGCUGAGAAAGAUGCUACUGAGAAGUCUGAUGCUGCAAGCGAAGCAUUACUUGUUGAGCUUGCUCUUGAUUCUAAGAAGGAGGCUCGAGGAAGAAACGAUAAUGCAAAACACACAAAGGAAAAAUCCAAAGAUAAGAAAAAGAUUAAAGACACCAAGAAACUGAAGGAUUUAAAGGCUUCUAUCGGAAAGGUUUUGCCUCCAGUUUCAUCUUUUGGUGAUCAUUCAGACGCUGUUGAAGCCUUGAAAGAACAGGAAGAGGAAUAUAGACUCCAAACAGAGCUAGAGGAAGAGGAGUUAAAACUUGAAAAUACUCUGGAGUAUCAAAGAAGAAUUGAGAACGAAGCUAAGGAGAAGCACAUUGCAGAACAACAAAAGAAAUACAGCUCUUUCGGUCCAAUGCAUGCUGCAGAGGCAGUGUAUGAUGUUUGCAGAGAUAAUGUCGUUGAUGAUUUAGAUUUACAAGAACAAGAAAAAACCGUAAGUCAGGAGGACCGGGUUCAAAGGAACGGACUACCUGAUAACUUGGAAGGAACCAAAGUGAAUACAAAUGGCGUUUUACCGUCAACAAAUCAUUGUGCCAUAACUGAUACUGCAAAGGUGUCACAUGUUAAAUCCCCAAAAGUAGUGCCUAACGGGAUAGAUACUCAAGCUGGCGGUUUCCAAUCUGAUCAGCGCACCGGGAGAAGGGGUAGACGCCAAAAAGCUUCUAACAAGUUAAUUGAUGGAAAAUAUCAGGUCACACCUUCUGAUAGCGAGAACAGUGAAUCUCAGAGGUCAAUCUCUGAGAGCACCAACGAUGCGGGAACAAAGACAUUGAGACAGUUACAUGCUGAAGAGGAUGAAGAAGAAAGGUUUCAAGCUGACCUUAGAAAGGCCGUGCGUCAAAGCCUUGAUGUGUACCAAGGAGGUAGAAGUAUGACUGGAGGUUUGAGGACACCUUUGGAAGUAAAGAAUGAUGAGCUUCUAUCCGAUGUCACAAAGGAGUCUCAGAGCUCGACCGGAGUUGCCAUAUUUGGCGCAGGUCUUCAGAACGAAGUUGGUGAAUAUAACUGCUUUCUAAAUGUUAUCAUACAGUCUCUAUGGAAUCUGGGGAUGUUUCGGGCUGAGUUCUUGCAGAGUUCAACACUAGAGCACCAUCACGUUGGAGAUCCUUGUGUUGUCUGCUCACUGUAUGAAAUUUUUACUGCUUUAAGCGUUGCUUCGAGUGAAACAAGAAAAGAACCUGUGGCUCCUUCAUCUCUCAGGAUUGCUUUGAGUAAAUUGUAUCCAGAUAGCAGUUUCUUCCAAGAGGCUCAGAUGAACGAUGCUUCAGAAGUAUUGGCUGUGAUUUUCGACUGCCUUCAUCGCUCAUUUGCUCAAAGCUCAAGCGUGUCUGACACAGAAUCUUCUGUAAGCAACUGCACUGGUUCGUGGGACUGUGCCAGCCUCACAUGUAUCGCCCAUUCUCUGUUUGGAAUGGAUAUUGUUGAGCAACUAAAUUGCUACAGCUGUGGGCUAGAGUCCAGGCAUAUGAAAUACACUUCCUUUUUCCAUAACAUCAACGCUAGUGCCCUACGGACCAUGAAGGUUACAUGCGCCGAGAAUCCAUUUGACGAACUUCUAAAUCUUGUCGAGAUGAACCAUCAACUAGCCUGUGAUCCUGAAGCUGGUGGGUGUGGGAAACCCAACCAUAUCCACCAUAUACUCACCACUCCACCACAUGUUUUUACUACAGUUUUAGGGUGGCAAAACACAUGCGAAACAGUAGAAGACAUAGCAGCUACUCUUGCAGCCUUGAAUACCGAAAUAGACAUAAGCAUCAUGUACCGUGGUGUGGACCCUAAGUGCAUAUAUAGAUUAGUGUCCGUGGUUUGCUAUUAUGGACAGCAUUAUCAUUGCUUUGCAUAUAGUCAUGAACACGAUCGGUGGAUCAUGUACGAUGACAAAACCGUGAAGGUGAUCGGUAGCUGGAGUGAUGUACUCUCGAUGUGUGAGAGGGGACAUUUGCAACCACAGGUUCUUCUCUACGAGAAGUGUUGAAAUCGAAAAGAAAAAGAAAAAAAAAAGAACAGAGCAAGUACAGUUUAGGAGAUCUCCCAAGUACAAACUGCAAAGAAAGUAAGUACUUUUUUGGUUUCGCAAUAGAAAACUAGAGCGGAAGGAAUGAGGUUUAGUAAUCAAGAUUACUUUUUUUUUUUUGGUUUGGGAAAAUAUUAGUGGUUCUAAGAGGUUGGGAAAGAAUAUUGUCUUGAGAUUAGGCAGUGUUUUAAAUGGUAAAGAGGUCUUAGAAGGUGUCAUGUGGUUAUUUCGUGACUAUAUAUAUCAUUGUCACAUUAAGCAUUUAUUUAUAUGUUCAUAUAAAUCAGUGCAACUUUCAGAAAAAUAAAAAUACAAUCUACUCUGCCUUUUUUUGGUCGGUCA